GGUAUCAAACUAUGAAUCAUAUAUAGCAAUAAAUAUUUUCUCCUACUCCUCUAUUCCUCUUUCUCUGUUGCUUUAAUUAAAUAAUAAUAUUUAAGUAUUUAAGUGCAGACAAUUCAAGUCAGAUCGCUGCUCCUCCUCUUCUUCUUCUUCUUUCUGUUUCCCUCUCAUCAAAACCCGCAAGUAAACCUUAAAAUUCUAUGCCCGUCUCCCCUUUUUAUCUGGAUUUUGCAGAGAUAAUUCUUCUUCUUUGCCUGCCUCUGGAUUCCUAAGCUCAGAACACUAUUCCUCUUUGAAUCUUCAGUAUUUCUUUUUGUAGAACUGAACGGUAUUCCUUAAACUUCAAUUUCAAGACCUAACACUUUCUUUUUCACAAGCCUUUUUCUCUAUUUUUCUUUGUACAUCUUGGGAUCUCUUUCGGGCACAAGAUCCUAGAAGCCUGCGAUUCUCCUUUCAAAGGCCUAUUCUGUGUAAAGUAUACGUAUCUGUUCGUGUUAUUCCUAUCAAAGCUCAAAGAAAUCCUUUAGAACAUCCCUGUAACUUUUUUCCCCCUCCUCUUUAAUGUAUUCUCUUUUAUCAUUUGUAUUAUUUCUCUCCUUUUUGCUGCUGUUCCUCAAUACAGCUUUUUCGGACCCUCGAGCUACACAGGCUGCCCUAGUAUGCACCAAUAGAACCGCUGCAACGCCCGAUCGCCAGACCUUUAUUGCCAAUUUCUUAGCGGCCAUGGAUUCCGUUACCCCACAAAUUGCUUCGCAGAGAUAUGCGAGAACUGUUGAGGGGACUGGAAACAAUACGGUAUAUGCAUUCGGUGAAUGCAUGAAGGAUCUCUCACAGAACGACUGUAAUCUCUGCUUUGCUCAGUGUAAGACCCAGGUCCUCAGGUGCCUUCCGUUUCAAAAAGGAACUCGAGGUGGCAAAAUUUUCUACGACGGGUGUUACCUGAGGUACGACGACUACGAAUUCUUCGGUGAAGCUUUGAGCCCAGCAGACAGGACUGUUUGUGGGACUACAGGUUUUGGUGGAAAAAGGACGGCCUUCAGGGUGAAUGCUCUUGAGCUUGUGAAGAAUUUGAGUGCUGAAGCACCAAGAAAUGAUGGAUUUUUUGUGGGUUCCGUGGAUCGAGGGAACUCCACCGUUUACGGAUUGGCACAGUGCUGGGAGUAUUUGAAUGCCAGUUCUUGUAGGAGUUGUUUGCAAAGUGCUGUCUCCGAAAUCGAUUCUUGCCUCCCUAAUGUAGAAGGGAGAGCAUUGAACGCUGGCUGUUACCUGAGGUAUUCAACAGACAAAUUUUAUAACAAUUCAGGGACUGAUGCGGUUGGAGGAGAUGGAGGAGUGCGCCAUUUGGCCACUAUUCUGGCUGUAGUUUCUUCUGUUCUGGCAGUUGUGAUGGUUGUUGCAACAGUUAUUUUCUUUGGGAAGAGGAAACUUGCAAGGAGUAGGAGAGAGAGGAAGCAACUUGGUGCUCUGGUGACUGUUGUAAAUAAAUCUGAGCUUAACUUCAAAUAUGAGAUUCUUGAAAGGGCCACAAACUAUUUUAGCAAUUCCAACAAACUGGGUGAAGGAGGAUCUGGUUCUGUGUACAAAGGUAUUUUGCCUGAUGGGAAGGCUGUUGCUGUAAAGAGACUUUUCUUUAAUACAAGACAGUGGGUGGAUCAGUUCUUUAAUGAAGUGAAUUUGAUCAGCACUGUACAUCACAAAAAUCUUGUAAAGCUGUUAGGCUGCAGUAUCACUGGUCCGGAGAGUCUUCUUGUUUAUGAAUAUGUUCCUAACCAUAGCCUUGCUCAAUACCUGUUUGAUAAGAGAAAUGCUCAUCAGCUAACCUGGGAUAUGAGAUAUAGUAUAAUUGUAGGAACAGCUGAGGGUUUGGCUUAUCUUCAUGAGGAAUCAAGGUUGAGGAUUAUACAUAGGGACAUCAAAUUAAGCAAUAUAUUGCUGGAUGAGAACUUCAUGGCCAAGAUUGCAGAUUUUGGACUUGCUAGACUAUUCCCUGAAGAUAAGACACAUAUCAGCACUGCCAUUGCGGGAACGCUAGGUUACAUGGCCCCUGAGUACAUUGUCCGUGGCAAAUUAACUGAGAAAGCAGAUGUUUAUAGUUUUGGUGUGCUUGUAAUUGAAGUUGUCUGUGGCAAGAGGAUUAGUUCCUUCACUCAGGAUUCAUACAAUAUUCUUCAGAUGGUUUGGAACCUUUAUGGCUCAGCUAGACUUUAUGAAGCUGUUGAUCCAUCUCUGGCGAGUAGGUUUCAAAAAGAACAGGCAUCUCGGCUACUCCAAAUUGGUCUACUUUGCACACAAGCUUCCGCUGAAUUGCGGCCAUCGAUGUCAAUGGUGGUGAAAAUGCUCACUGAUAACCAUGACAUUCCUAAGCCAACACAGCCACCAUUUCUCAAUUCUAAUAAUGUUGGUCCCUCUUCCAUUUCACCUGGGGCUUACAAUUCUCGUCCAGAUUCAUACAGUCAAUCUUCAGGGAAUGAUAUGACAGAAAGUUGGAUUGAACCCAGAUGAAUCAUUUCCCUGUUGAACAUAACUAAUGAGUUGGACCGAUCCCAGAUCAACACUUGAAUUUAACAGUUAAAAACUCAAUCCCGACAACAUGCUUCCCAAGAUCUGCUAGUCUGCAUUCUCACUCAAACCAACUCACUGUGCGAAGAAGCAUCACGUUCUGAUUCUCCCUCUUUGGGUAAUUCUCUGUUGCUUGGUUGACUUCUGAACAGGCCAAACGAUUCGUAGCUGAGUGUGCCAUGUUCCGAAUCAGCUGUAUAGAGGAUAGUUGAAGCAUUUACAUUUUUAGGAAAAAGAGGUUCCAUUUGAAUGUGGAAUGUCGCCUUAAUUUUUUUUUUCAGAUUUUAACCAUUUUAAAUGACAUAUCUUAGGUGUAACAUGUAUGUGUGCUCUGUGAAAAGUCUUCCUGAUUUGUAUUUUUGAAUAUUUGGUGUAAUCUUUUGGCAUUCAAUAGUUGUGAACUUGAGAUUUUAAUGUUAUAUACAUUUUUCUAACCCCAAA